AUGGAUGCGAACCUUAUUGAAGGAUCCACAUUACAGGGGCCCAGUGCUGAAGAGAUAAGGUCACUAUCUCGACGAAUGGGCUUUGUUAUUAAAGACGAGGAGAUAUCCGUUUAUUUAGGUAAGUAGUUUCUUUUUAGCCUGGUUUUCACUAUCAAUGAUUUCACAGCUCGCACAGAACUCACAGACAGGACAGUGCUAGCACAGGGGUUAAACAACAGCUCCGCUCGUGUGUUUUAAUUGUGUUCCUCAAGGCAACUAGGUGAAAAUACAAAGUUUUGAAUUUUUGCCAAACGGGCACACCGGCAAUAAAUUAUUUGUUUUUACAGUGCAACGUCUUGAUCGAGUAUAAGGCGUUGCGUGACUCAGCUUUUAGUCUUAGCUUGCUUGCUGCGCUGCGUUUAAACAAACAGUUAGGGGGGAAAUGUUACUUGUGGAGGUAGGAGGGGGGGGGGAGGGGGAAGGAGAGGGGACGGAGGAGAGGAAAGAGGGUUUUCCAAAGGCUUAGGGAGAAAUCUGUCAUAUUCUUACACCUCCACCUCCGGGAAUGGAAAAUCUUGCCUUUGUCCCUGUUAUGCUACAUUAUGUGCAGUAACGCAAGAUGUAGUAGAUUUUGACGCAAAAUACAAUAGAGACAAAAUGUGACAGGCAUUGUAUAAGGAGUGUUUUUAGCGGCCUUUGCAGUCAUAUAAGCAUCAGCGAUAUUGCACAAUUCUACGUGGAAUUAAAUUUUGCUUCAUAUUAUCUGCAUAAAUUUGAUCUCUUUUACAAUUUACAUCAAAAAUAAUUUUUAAGCGACGAUUCAGUUUUAAAUCAGGGAAUCUGAUUUCCAAGGGACAACUCACGUCCUGAAACUGAAACAAAAAGACUUAAUUAAUAUUAUGAAUCACUAAAUAAUCUUUUAAAUACUGCAUUUUAGUGAAGAAAAGUAUCAUAUAACGUUUUCUUUACACGUUGAGCGCUUUUAAUUUAGAAUAAACGUAAACUUACAGUAGUUGUCUUUGCAGGAAUUUUCCACGUUCAAUAGUGUCAGUUGUUACAAUUUUUGUCUACUACGAACAGUCUAUGCUUUUUGGCAAAGUCCGCUAUGCGAGUCUAAAAAAUCAGUACAAAAAUUAGCGCGCCUUGCCGCGCGGAACUCUGGAUGUGAGAACUCUGAUAGUUCCACGCGGCGCGCCAACAUCAUCCCUAACUCCAUUUUUUUUUUUUUGACCCGCGCAACGGUUCUGGACUACAUCAAAAGGGAGAGAAUGUUCGUCAAGUACAUUUUAAGGGGUAACAGUUCCUGUAAGAGCAAGUUAAAAUCCACGAAUAAUUUGAAUUCUUUUUCUCCCUGUCCUUGUAAAAUCUGUUUUCAGCAAGGGCUGAUUGUGUAUCAGACUCCACUGUUCCAUCAAUAUUUGUUUUAAAUUUUUAACUGCCGGGUGGUACGGUGUGACGAAAGGCAAUAAACGUUCGUGACCUUUCGGCUUUUUUGUAUGUUUAUAUGCCGAUUGUCAAGAGGCAAAGUUGACCUCCAGACGGACACCCUUCUAUGAUGUUUUCUGGGUACCCUCUUGCUUCGAGGCUUUGUUUGAAUUUCAAACGGCCUACUUCAAAUGUUUUUUUCCAAGAGGUAGUUCUAGGCAAUCUUAUUGCUUGCCUUUAAUGAACCGUAUUUUACGCCUGGUGGGUGGCAAGAGGCGAAGUGCGUAAUUUGGAAAGUCUCGGUCUGCCUCUAAUGAGUUUCGAUGUCCCAGAUGGAAUUUUUUUGCAAAUCUUUCCCCUUUGAACACCGUGGUAUCGAGAAAAGUGAUUUGGUUGAUUCUCUGAUAUUUCAGCCGUGAAUUUGAUAGUUGGGUGGAAAUAGUUAGCCCUUUUAAUGAACCGAUUUACCUCUUUUCUCUCACAAUCCCGAAGGGAGAAAACGUCAUUAAUGUAACGUAUCCAUUCUUUUGGUUUGGUUUCGCUUUGUUGGAUUAAUUUCUUUUCAAUUUCCGCCAUGAAAAUAUUGGCAAAUGACACUGCUAUUUUCAUACCCAACGCGGUUCCAUGUUUUUGGAGGAAGCUCUCCUCAAUGAAUUAAAACGAAUUUUAUUUAAGGAUUAAGCCAAGCACUUCCGUGAGGCAGUGCGUUGGGAUCGGUGCGUUAUGAUUGAGGAACUUUUCGUAUGUUUCUCAAACUAUAUUCGUUCCUUUUUCUUGACGUACAUUUGUGUCUCACUUUCUGCGACAACCCAAUUGUCUACAAGAAGAUCGUUCAUCCGUUCAUCCGUUGCGAAUGUCAAUCUGCUCCUUGAAGAAAGACUUUUGAAUGCUUUCCUUAUUUGAACAACAACUCCAGAACAAUCUUGUAUCGAGGACAGACAUUCUGAGUCGAAUUCAGUGCUCGCUUCGAAUGGUUACUGGAUCGACACCAACCACAUAAAUUUUCUUAAAAUAUCGUUCUCGAACGUGGCUUUCUAGGCCCUCCGCUUAGUUCAAAAGCACAGGUAUCCUAAGGAGAAUAUUCUCUUUUGAUUCUGGAUUUUUUUUCACCGGGAAUGUCCAUAAAACAAAGUAUUUGAAAGAGGGCACGAUAGAGAUGGCGAUAUAUUUGCAUGAAAUUUCUCACCUGAGAUGAGCACCAACAUGGCGGACGCUUAAUUUGCAUAAAUGUAUGACGUCAGCUGCAAACCGAUAAUUUUUUCUCGUUUUGUCGGUAGUCGGUAGUAUUUUUCGCCUUUUGUCGUUAGUCGGUUAACCCCACUCACACUCUCCUAUAAUGGAAUUAAAGAAAUUGAGAGACGACGUUUUGUUUGGAAACGGAAUUCUAAGAUCAAAAAUUUUCUUCCGUAGAGGCGAUGACCGGCACUCUUCGUCAUACUUACCAGCGGUUAUGCGACUUACCCGAGUCUAGACUCCCUGUGAAAUAUCCGCGGGAGGCCGGUUACAGGCCAGGGCCAGCUGAAAACCCUUACAAUGCGUGGUGCGUAUUUCUUUAUGUUUGUUUUCUUUAUUCUUUCUUUCUUGUCUAUCAGCUGCUUCAUCGGCUUUGAGAAAGGAUUUUAUGUGAUAAAGCCAUGACCACUGGUCUAUGUUAAAUCACAGUGCUUCUUAAGGGGAGGGGGGUAGUCUGGUUUUGUCAACAAGAAAGGGAGGAUAGGUGGGAAGGAAAAUUUGUUAAAUUUGCCAACGAGCUUAACUUAGCAGACUAUGUGUUGAUUAAUAAUUCUCUAUAAACGUUUUUUCUCUUUCAUGAUAUUAGGCACCCAAUUUCUGUUUCUAACUAACGGUCUCCUCGAUCAUAAAAUCAAAUCUUUAAUCCGGCACGCUAGCGGCGAGUUCCGUUGGUACAAGUGCGCUUUCACAGAACGGCAAUCGGUCGAGAGUGAUCUUUCGUUUUCACUAGUCAUUCAUCAAUAGCUCAUAAAAGCUACUCCCGAGAAUUUCAGGUCCUGGCGUUGUGACGUAAUAGGCGCUCAAAGCGGUAAACUCCAAGGAAAAACCAUCGCUAUCAAAGAUAACAUCCCAGUGGCUGGACUGCCAAUGACUAAUGGAUCCCGGAUGUUAGAACAUUAUGUCCCGGAUCAUGAUGCCACUGUGGUGAUUCGGAUAUUAGAUACUGGAGGGAGAAUCACAGGGAAAGCCGUAUGUGAGGAGUGGUGUUUUACUGCCACUAGCUGCACCGCAUUCACGGGUCCUGUUGUCAACCCUCACAAUGAAACGAGAAUGGCUCUCGGGUCUUCAUCCGGCUCAGCAGCACUGGUGAGCCUAUUUGUGUCAUUGGAUUGAUUAAUAAUGUGCUCUAAUGAUCAUGCUCUUUUCAUUAAGGCAUGUGAAAGGGUUUAAAUAAAAGCCGCCUAACGGCUGUUUAUGGCCGGCUGUUUAUGGCCGCCUGUAACACCUCUAGCCACCAUUUUUGAGCCCGCGAGCAGUUAGGCUGUCGCCUUAAUUACGGCACAGCCGCCUGCUGAACCAUCGGCGGCCCCCUACGAUAAAAGUUAUUGAAACCCCUGAUAAACUGGAUUAAAAAGGGCACAAAUCCAGGUGAAUUACAUAGGGCCAAGAGGGCCUAGUAAUUUUCUUCAAUAGCUGAACAGGACAACAUCACGAUAUUUUGGGGUCGUUUUCUGGAAGGGAAAAUAUUACCUCCAUAGUAAAGAAAAACGCUGAACAUGAGCUGGAUGGAAUAAAAAUACAGAAACGAAUCAAAUAGGACCAUACACCAUUGUAGAUGGUAAAGAACGAGAAACAAUAAAAUUCUUUAAUCUUAAGUUUAAGCCGUUUUUUUAAAAAUGACGACUGGUUCCUGACUAACUUUAACCACUCUCAUUGUAUUAUACUAUACUGCAUGUCAUCUGAUGGUAACUACCAAUUCAUGACAGGUGGCGGGUGGAUACGCGGACAUGGCCAUGGGUGGUGAUCAAGGGGGGUCCAUUAGGAUCCCCUCUGCUGCAUGUGGAAUUGUGGGAUUGAAGCCAACAUACGGCCUAGUACCUUAUACGGGAAUGGUAGCUAUAAAUCUCUUACUAGAUCAUACGGGACCUAUGGCAAGGACCGUCUCGGAUGUAGCUUUGCUCUUAGAGGUAAAGUAGCUGUUUUUAAUAUACUAUUUUAAAACAAUUCAGAUCCUUCUUUGUGGCUAUGCUGUUUGCCAUGCACCAUGUAGCUACUACUCAUCGAUUUGCUACUUAGAGAGAUCAAAUUAUUAUUUGGAGGCUUACAUAAGGACAUAACCAACUAAUAUGGGUUUCUGUUGUUCCUGUGGCCCCAUCUUCAUUUAAAAAAAAAGGUGCCAUUUUUUAACGGUAAGAAAAUAACCUGUAUGCCAAAUUAUUUAAAAGUUGGGACGAUUUUCUUAAUGAAGUUCUGAAAUGUUAAAAUAUAAUGCACUACCCUAAAAAGUUUCAUUGUUCCGUUCUUUUUCAAUUUGGGUUCGUUGGAGGUAAAACGCACGUGUCCUUUUGCCAAAUUAUAAAAGUAACCGAAGGAUUGGAUGGAGACUUGGAUCCAAAACAACCACGUGACAGGAUUGGAUGGAGACCUGGAUCCAAGACAACCACGUGACCUUGGUACACCAAAUUCCUACAUCAAUGAGGUAAACGAAGAACACUUGCGUGCAUCGUGUCUUAGAAAAGAUCAGAACUGACUUUACAUUACCUUUGUAACAAUUUUUGUUCAUAACAGUUUGCGCAAAAUUGACCCAGAUGACGGCGGUGUUAAGGAGCAUAAUAUCAACAAAAUAAUAACUAGUUAUAGUUAACAGCUAUUCACCGAAGGAAGGUGGUGAGUUUACCAAGCCGCUUCGCACCCUUGUUAAUAUCCACCGCUGACCACCAGCAUUAAGGCGAAUAUUUGUUUGAGUAUAUACUAAAACAGUGAGAUACUUUCGCACAAAAAGAUGAUUUUCACCAAUUCAUUCCUGCAACGAUUACAAUAUUUUCGGGCGCAAAUCCCACGCCGGUUUUUUCUCUCUUUCUCAACAGGAAUUCUUAUAUGCGACGCAAUUUGCUCAGAAGGCGGUUACAGACUACUCAGUGGUAAGUAUACCGAUAUACCGUUUCACCCGUCCAUAAACGUAACAAGCUAAUGAUCAUUACUAAUUUUAUAGAUGUUCGAUUGUUACUAAACAGCAGCUUUUUUGUUACCAAGAAUUCCAUUUGGUAAAGUUAUGCAUUCUUACUUUUUUACGUUUUUGGGCUUAAAAUGUUUAAUACCCUAAAUAGAGAAUAUAAAAAUCAAGUCGUCACAAGCGUGGGACCUAAACAAAAUAUGAAGGCCCACCUGCUCUUCCAACUGAGUUAAAGAAAAUUAAACUCUUUGGUAAUGAAACAUACGCAACAAUUUAUAUGUGAGAUGCAUCUUACAUAAUGAUGAAAAUAGCAGUGGGUAUGUUGCGAGCGUCCUGUCCGGGGAUAGAAGGAGGAGAUACAUGGUUAGUUUUCAGCUCGGACAAAUGCUUUAAAAACAUUCAUCAAAUGUUUUGACAAAUGUUCAUAUUUUCUAUUCAGUUGGAAGCAGUCAAGACUCCAAUGGACUAUUCAGAAUUUUCCAAAUGUUUUUUCGUAUGUUUUAGGAUAUAAUUCCGACGCAAGAGGAUUUGUUGACACGAGUCUUCAGAAGGCCAUUGGCCGCGGUUUACAAUCUCAUGCCAAUGAUCUGAGUGCUGCCGGAAAGUUAACAGUCAUGCUUGGUGCUUAUGUGCAUGAAAAAUUCCGAGGAGUAUUUCACGGCAAGGCUAUAAAUUUAUCACGAAAGUUGUGCGAGGAAUAUGAUAAAGCUUUGGAAUCUUACGAUGUUCUGGUUUUACCAACGAUAGUUACAAAGCCUCCCAAAGUUCAAGACAGAAGCCAACUUAAUUUUGGUAAGUCCUGUGGGGAAAGCAAUUCUUAACCGUUGGUGUUAAAACAUUUUACCAAACUCGGCGGAACAAGGAAUAAAGUGGAGGCGGUGGUGCACCUGUAGCCUGACAUUUUCAAAAUGGAUUUUUGAGCGCGGUCUGUGUUAAUGAAGGGUGAUUUUUCCUGCGCAUGUUUAAUCCACAGGUGGGUUUUAGGCUGGGCAUCGUGUAAGUAUACCAGUUGCAUUAAGGUUACACGAAAUUAAGGUUUAAUUGAUAUUUUUAGGCCAAAUAUAUUUUUUAGCGCUAUAAAUUUGUUUAUUCUGAAACCUACAUCUAACAAAACAAAUAUUAGCGGGCAGACAUUACUGAGAGGUAAAAGCGAAAACCAGCCAUUUUCCCUUCCCAUAUAUACCGUAAAACGAGACUUUUUAGCGGACACGGACAUCACAAUUCAGUGCCCCAUUGGGACCCAAAGCUGAAUUACGCAAACAUUUGAACAAGUUUUAUCCACGAUUAUUCUGUAGAAAAACCUUAACAUCCAUAAGAAGGUGUUCAGUUCACGUUUUAUGAAAUGAGCUGAAUUGCGCUCGCAGUUUAAUUGGUUUUUACAUAUGAUCUAUUUGAGCACAGCCAGAGUGAUGAAGUGACGUCACCACUAACAGCAUUUUACUUUUUUCUCAUAUAAAACAAAUCGAUUUUAUCUCGCAGUGGGUCUGUAGAAUAGUAGAUCCCAUAGGACGUUAAAAUAAAUUAAGAACAUCAGCAUGAUCAGCGACACACUCAGUUACACCAUAUGCGCUUCUUUUUUUUUUUGAGUGAACAGACACACGGCAACAAUCUAUUAGGUUCAUUUUGUCGUAGAUAGUAAAGUAAACUGUUUGACUUAUGCCUCAAGUUAUGAAUACAUAAAACUCACGAGUCUUUUAUUUUUCCAAUUCAUGCCAUACUUUUCAUCAAUUGGAUAUCGGACGUUGCCCUCAAACCCUUUUUGUAAACGUCAAUAGUCAUGACGGUUACUCGCCGACGGUUGCACUACGCGUCCGAUUUUAUCAUUCACAUAUAUGAUUACCUACGCAUUCUUUUCACACUUAAUUCUUUUAGGAACAGCGUUUGACUUCUGUCAGAAUACUGGUCCUUUCAAUGUCACAGGACACCCAGCCCUGUCAAUCAACGCCGGCUUCAGUGAUGGUUUACCAGUUGGUAUGAUGAUUGUUGGAAGAAAGUUUGACGAAGCCACUGUUCUGAAUGUUGCUUAUGCUUACGAGAAGAUGCGAGACUCUAAAUCAAUUUAAGAACUUAAAUUUUUUGACGAGAAGAUAAGUAACAUAUAAUGCUUUAAUUAGUAGCGAGAGACAGAAAUUAUGGUUAGCUAAACGAAAAUAAAUUUUCUUAACUCAUCCAUAGUACUUGUCUUUAAAGUUCCCUCGGGACAAUCAUUCAAAACGGAUCAAAACUGAAAAAAGUGGUUACUUUUGGAGAAAGUUUAGCUCAAUGAGAAUUCUUUGCCUAAAAUUGUAGUCAGUUACGCUUGAGAGAAGUAGAUUCCAACGGUUCAGUGCUUAGUAGAGGUAAAUUUUUAUUUUAGAGGGGAAGAAGGCGAGACGUAUUUUAACUAAAAAUCUAAAAUAUAUCUUCAAUCAUUAUUCAUCACUUGGAUGGUUUUUUUGGACCCAACAUAAUGACCAGCUCCCAGUUGGCUUGUUAGCUCUGUUGGUAGAGCGCUGCACAGGUACCGCAGAGAAUAUGGAUUCAAAAUCCCGGACGGGCCUGAAUUUUUUUCAAGUCUGAUUUCAACUACUAGUUCAGUAGUGUUCAUAGCUGCGAAGAUUUCUUAUAUUCAUCUGAAAAGGCUAGUUGAACAGUCAUUUGGUUGUUCGAUUCGUACCUACGGACGUAGUCGAUUCGUACGCAGCUAGGAUAAUCCAUACCCAGUCAGUUUAGCCGUUUCGUAUCCAUACUAAUAAAAUACGUUUUCCAUAUUAAGUAUGUUUCAAGUAUGAUCAGUUUCUAAGGCCAAUUAACAUUAUAAUCUGCGUUCAAUGUAAAGUUUAUGUGGCGUCCAUUUUUGUUCGCGACUACUGAAUGUAAGGCCUGGAACCGAAAUUGUGGGUCUGGUCUCGUUAGAGUUGGGAAGGUCAUAAGUAUAAACCAACAGACCUUUACUGAUUUCUGUUCAAAUGCUCAGACAUAAGCUAUUUCGUGAGUUAUCCUGGGUUUUGAUCGUCACUACGGUCCACGGACAUGAAAAGACGGGAUGCCAUUGGUUUCCUCCACGGAAAAGUAUGAAAGUCGCUGCUUUGAAAAUAUCAAACUUUGACGAUGUAUGGGGUGCUACACAGCCAUCUUUUUCGGAGGCAUAACCGUUGUUAACGGUACUAACUUACUGUAAGUAACUGAGUUAGUUUUAAUAGUGACAGAAAUGAUAGCAGCCCGCUUUACAUAAGGUCAGCGUGAACUUUGCGGACUCAAGAAGUCAGCAUGAAAUUGAUGUUGGGGCCUCGUUGACAAUCAGAACAAAGGCGAUGCAUAAUUGAAAAAAAAAAAUCUCAGGGAAUUAUAAAGGUCCCUAACCUUGAUUGAAGGCGUUUUCUUAGUCGUCAAAUGUCUGGGUAGCAAUUAGUUAAUGAUAUAAUUGUAAAAAAGCAUUAAAUCUACGUAUCGAAUGAAAUCUAUGCAUCAAUACUAUAUCUCAUUUCUCAAAUUUUAUGUUAUCUCAGUGGAUGAAGAGAAUUAAUAUCAGUUUUAACAAAGAAGAUUUAUUAGCAAGCGAUAACGAAAAAAAGUCGAGAACGCACUCUGGACUUCAGAGCUUAGAUUCCUUUCAAUAAAUUUUUCUAUUCUCUUUUUGCGUCUAAAGUGACUUUUUUCCCCAGUAAAAGAAGAUAGGAUGCAUUCAAAGUUGACAAUCAGUAAAGAUUACGCAUCCAUAUUGUUAUUGUGCAGAGUAAAAUAUAUUGCCGUAUUAAAAUCAUCAAGCACGUUCAUAUUAACGAAUAUUUACAUCACUCACGCACUCCACCAUUGGUAUUCAUCGCCUUCGAUUUUUAUCGGAUUAUUGAAUUUCGUGCGCGAGAUUCUCAGAAUUUCUCAACUUAAGGUUUCCACAACUAGAUAAUUUCUUCUCGAUUUUAAUCCGCUGUAUAGUGACCGCAAUCUCAAAUUGAUAUUCGUUCUGUAUUUUUAAUGACAUUAAAAAUUUGCAACAGCACUCAGCUACUCAAUUUCCUCUUUACACAGACCAAUGAUUUACGGUUGGUUAUUUUGUGAUAAUUCAUUAUUUACCUAAUGGGUGAUUAGGAAUAAAGUCUAUUGUGGACAGAACCCUUGGGCCAAUUCAUUUUCCCUUUGUCUACCUUUGUUUCAUUUCGUGUUUGUGUUUCCCGACAGCGCCACAACUGAUGCCAAACAAUAACCUUUGGCGGCUUAGUUUCUACUUUUUGCUUCAUUACAAUUAGCGAUAUCUACCGCUAAAACUUUAGUUCUGUUGCAAGUAACUCAAGCGAGGUUUUGCUAAUUGGAAGCAUGAAAGCGAGAAAUGCCUCAUCAAUGAAAAUUAAAUUCUUCAAUGUCAAAGUACGCACUGGGAAACAGCGGAACUAUUACUUCGUUCUCGAAGAUUCAGACAAAAUAAUACCUCACCAUUGAUUGAUUUAUAGUUUUUUAAAAUUUUUACGAAGAUGGUUUGCGUGCGAAAGACAAAUUACAACUCCAACAGGCAAUGUUUGAGACGAAAAAAAACUAAAUGUGUACAAAAUUAAAUUUAGAACAAGGAAAAUGUCAUUUUGAGGAGACUUAUUUAAGAAUGAGUGAAAGCUGUCAACGUAACUCGGUGAUGUUUUUCAGAUUUUUCGAUAAAGACUUCACUUAUACGGCUCGUCAUUAUUAGCGAGAAUUUCAUUUUGCAAAACUACCGAAACUUUAUGAAAACAGAAUCAAUUUUACGUCGUGACUGUGUAUGAUUUCCGCGGACUUGCAAUUUCUCGCGAACGACUUAUUGGUGUUGUCUAAUUUAAGUUCGUUCGUCUUUCUUCUAAAUAUUAUGGCUUCGGGGCUAUUUAGAAUAAAUUUGUUUAUUAUUGUAAUACGUUUUUGAACGAAUAUUGCUGGGCGCUUUAAACUGUCAACGCAGCAGUCCCUUAUAAUUUAGUGUUGACAGCUCUCACUUGAGGUAAAAACCAUCUUUCCUCGCAUGCGGUCCUUAAGGUAUUGAAAGCCCUUGAAACCAUUCUUUUGCUUUUUCAUUCCCGUCGUCGAAUAAUUAUCCGAUUUAAAAGAGCGGUAUGAAUUUCGAUUUCUCCGCCUUCAGAAGAGACAGAAGGAGGACGAUUCGCCUGAAGCGAAUUAAAAUGCAAAGUGACUCAUUUCUCGUGGCAGCUGCAACCAAUGUCUGUCGGUUUACAUAGCAAACAAGAAAUUUGACCAUUUCCUUUAUCGCUACAAGCAAUCUUUAUGAGAUCUAUUUAAGAUAUAUUGGGAAAUUAUUUUAAGAAACUCACCACCGCAAAGUUGUUUUAGAGAGCGAAAAGAAAGAGCGUAAAAUUUCAGACUCUUUAGUACUUCAUCUCCAAGCACGUGAUUUUUUUGUGCUCGUCAACUGAGCGUAGCGAAGCACGAAGUAAUCUGCAUUCGAGCAGUGUCAUCAUUGACAGCUGAGCGACACUAAAAUCUCCCGCAGAAUUCAUUGAUAUUGGACUAUACGAAGAAUCCACGGGUAGCACCAAGAUGACCCAACCAAAAUAGACUAUUGGAAGAUUUGUUUGGCGUUCAACACGUAAGACCGCGUCAAGGAAAUUCACUUAGUAUUGGGCCUUCACGUCAAGUGCUAAAGCUUUGUCUACGACUUUUUGUGAUUCAUAUACCUCAUCAAGGUUUGAUAUUUUUCAAUGCAGCGACUUCCAUACUUGGUUUGUCCACCCGCUGUAAAAGGCCUGUGGUUUCCCAGUAUGUUCUGGCUCUAUAUGGAAAGGGAAAGUCAGUUGGAAUGCUGUUUUGUUCAGGGAGUCUGUAUUAGCAUAGCGAGUCCGUGACCAAUUCAAAACAGAAAAUCGUCGAUGAAAAGUGAAAGCAAAUGUAUUUCGCAGUUCUCCUGUUUGCUAACUCUCUUCAAUAUUCAUGGCUUUAUCGAGGAGAAAUCUAAUAUCGAGAUUUUUGAUGGCAAGAACGAGGACGAAAUGUCUAUCUUUACUGCUAACUUCUAUUAUUUUAUACGUUGUCGGCAGUUUUAUCUGCUUGCAUAUCCACGAUUAUCAUAAUGAACUCAAGAUCAGUUCUGGCAAGGAUGAUUCCCUCGUAACAACCGACCUUCUUCGACUAACACAAACAGGCUCUGUCACGCGUGUGAAGCAAGUUUUUGAGGUUCACGGCGACGAAUGGAAAAAAAAUGAGUUUGUAACAGCUGAUAAGUCGCAAAAUUCACCGGACAUCGAAACAAAACACAUUGAAUUAACAAACAUGGAAGGCAACCUGUCACCGCGGCUGCCAGGUUCACGACGAAAAUUUUUGUUUGUUUUCCGUUAUUAUGAGCAGUUAGGCAGAGCGACGAGUAACCUUUUGGAUUUAGCCUCAUUUGCGAAGAGCAAAAAUCGUGUUUUGGUCGUUCCAUAUGUAAAUAAUUCUCGCAUGUCCGGUUUAUCAUCGGGAGUAAGUCAUAAUUUUCACAAGCCUGAGAAUCCUCCGCACAUUACAUACUCUUUGCUAAGCGAGUAUUUCAAUUUGGACGACUUAAACUCCAAAUUAGAGUCUCGAGGAUACAGCACUAUGAGAAGCUUUCGUGACCUCGAAUCCCACUGCGAUAAGAGAUUCAAUAUCGUGGUACACUUUCUAUUCCACGAUGAAAAUUACCAAAGAGUAACCGCUCUAUGGUACAGGAUAACUGAAGAGAAGGUUGCAACCACUUAUAAAGAGGCUAGAGAACGUAAUGGCUGGGUGGAUUGUCCUUUUAUAAAGCACUCACGCCUUAGCAAACAGAUACAGUUCAAAGUAAGACGUUAUAUUUGCGUUGAUCCGGAAGUCAUAAGGACCGCUAGUGAUUUAGAGGAUAAUGUUCUUCAAGGAGCUAAAUGCGUUGGCAUUGUUCAGUGGAGGGGGAAUGGUCCAGAAAGAGUUCACUUCCCUUUGGACCCAUCCAUAACGCAGCCUCUUCGUCCGGUCGACCUAGAAUUUAACUCCGACCUCGUCGAGCUGGCGAAAAAAUUCGUGAGAGAGAAUUUGAAUGAAGGAUUCAUAGGCGUGCAUGUUCGUUCCGAGAGACAUAUAGCUCGCAAAGGCGCGAACGUUACAAAACGGUGCAUGGAAAAACUUGCAAACCGCGUGCAGACCUUGCGGGACGCUUUGAGCAUUAACAAGGUCUACUUAGCAUCAGAUUUAACAGAUUAUGGCUCAGACACGUUGAUGAAUUUCGCAGGCACGAAGUAUCGCAGAUCUCUAUCGGCGUACCUGCGCGAAGUUUUAAGCAAGCCCGUAAUGUUUAACCCGAAUGGAGUUCUGUACGACAGUGGCGCCACUGCAAUUGUGGAAAUGAAUAUUCUUGCUAUGGCUACGAGGCUUUUCACUUUGGGAGGCGGAAAUUUUCAAGAAUGGAUGGUAGGUUUAUUUCUAAGGAAGCAUAAUCACCAACAGACAAGAAUACAUCGAAUUUGUGAACUUAAAGGAUAG